UGAGUUUUCUUCUUUUUAACUACUAUAAGUGAUUGUGUGUGCGCCGCAGUAUUUAGUAACUAGAAUGUACAAUUCGUGUGGCCUUUUGAUACAAAUACGUAUAUAGAAUGACAUCGAUUGAUAGCGUACGCGUACUGCUCCAAUCGCUGCCAGCAGCAUCGCCUGCCGUCGGCAACAACAACAGCAACAACAACAGCAGCAGCAACAACAACAACUGCAACAGCGCCUCACAAAAUGAGUUGACGCCGGCAAAACUCGGCGCUGCUGCGACACCCUUGCGCGCGAGAAAUUCGCAAUUGCAACUGCAACAACAGGCGCAGCAGCAACAGCAACUGUUUUUUGGUACGCCAGAAAAGUCAACGCUAGAUGGCAAAGAACUCAAUCCGCCGGAUGAAUUUUGGCGUGAUUUGCAUCAGUUUCACGAGCGACGCGGCACACCGCUCACACAGGCGGCCAAAAUCAGUGGGCAGCAUGUGGAUUUGUAUCGACUGUACCAGGAGGUCACCGAACGCGGUGGCUUCAACAAGGUUAACGUGCGCGACGAGUGGGACGAGGUAUACAGCGCGCUGGACACGCUGCGCGAUCGCUGUGUCAACGGCACCGCCGGCAUUAAGCAUAUCUAUCGACGCUAUCUGGAUAAAUAUGAACGUCUCAAUUUUCUCGGCGAGGAUCCGGAUAAAUUGGAGGCUUUGGAGGCGGCGAUUGAGUGUGCCGAUUUGGGCGCCAGUGCAAGUCGUUCACGUUCACGUCUAGUGAUGGGCACCGGCAGCGGUUUGAUUGGCAGUGGCCUCAAUGUCAGUGGCAUGGGCAGCUUAUUUGGUUCGGCGCAUUCCACGCUGACAGCGGUGCCCAUGUCGUACAAUCAGCGCCAGCAUAUGGUGAAUGCGGAUCGCCGGCGACAGUAUAAGAUGUCCACACAGCUGCACAAGCACAGCAGCUAUGAGAAGUUGCUGCUAUCGCUAAUCUCUCCACUGCCCAAUGAGCAGGAUUUCGCGAUCAAUGUGUGCACGCUGAUGGCAAAUGAGCCGCGUCCAACGCUACAGUUGACGGAGUGUCCGAAGUUGUUGGAUGUGCUGUUGGCGCAUCUGGGUGUCUAUGCGGAUUACACAAUGCGACAGCUAUUCCAGCAUGGUCACAACACAGCUGGCGUCCAGGUGCGAAGCAAAUCGAAGCUGAACUUUUGGCGUGAUUUGCUCUACGAUAAGCCACAAAUCCUGGAUCUCUAUACGGAUGAACAGGCCUGGCUGGACAAUGGACUGAUUAGCAAGGAGACCGAUGCCAUCGAUAAUGACGAUGAUGAUUAUUUUCUUCAGUCGGAUGAUCUAGAUUUCGAAUGGGACUUUUUGCAUUUGCGUCGCAGUCACGGCACCGACGAACGGAUCGGUCAGCGUGUCCUCCAAAUUGUGCAGCUGGUGCGUAGCCUGAGUUUCCAUCAGGAGAACGUCUCGCUACUCGCCUCGAAUCGCACACUCUGGCGCUAUCUGGUCAUGGGCGCCAAUGUCCGUUGGAGCAACAUUCACAUUCAGGCACUGGAGACGGCUGGCAACUUGGCGCAGCAGUUUGAGCUGCUGGAUCCCGCCACGGAUGAGCUGUCGCGAAAUCUGCUGGCCACGCUGUGCGAGGGCGUCGACUCGAAUGAUCGGGCCGUGAUCAUCAGUUGCCUGGAGAUACUCUAUAAGCUGUGCGGACGCGAGGGCAAUGCCCAGCAUAUUAAUCGCUGUCUCGGCUUGGAUUUCUAUCAGCGUGUUAUGCUGCUGCUCUCGCUGACGGACGUCAUGCUGCUCAUCUUUACGCUGGAGGCGAUAUAUGCGCUGAGCGCACUCGGUGCACGUCCCUGCUCCAUGCUGAUGCAGGUGCGUGGUCUGCUCGAUCAACUGGUAGCCCUGUUGACGGUGGAGGCGCAAUCUUAUGGCGCCGCUGGCUGCAUAUUGAUGCGCGUCGUGGAGGUGGUGCCGGGCAACAUGGUGUCCACACUGCACCAGCAGCAGCAGCAGACGACUCAGGGCAAUCAAAUGACGCAACUGGCGACAGUUAAGCAGACGCCGCAGCAGCAGCCGGCAUUAGUUGCUGCACUGCCGCCGAUGCCAACGCAGGUGCAAGUGUUGCCGCCACAAAUGGAGCCGGUUGUUUUGCCUACGCCUGCUAUAGUUCAUGUUCCAGCUGCAGCGCCUGUUCCUGCUCCAGCUUCAACUUCAGCUCCCGCUCCAGCGCCUGUUGUUGCUGUGCCAGUUGCGCUGCCCCUGCCCAUGGCCAUGCCCAGUUUGCCGCAGGUGCAACUCCCACCGAUGCCCAGUUUGCCGCAGGUGCAGCUGCCCCCAGUGCCAGCAUCCGUGCCAGUGCCGUUGCCCGUAGCGCCCUCAGCACCACAGAGUUUCACGCACGAAGACGAAACGUAUGCAUUGGCCUGGCUGGGCGCCACCUAUGAGCGUGCUGGCCAAGGACACGAUCAUCGUGUGGAGCAACAGGAGCUGUACACCAUUUAUCUAUCGCAUUGCCAGAAGGCGGGCAAGCAUUCGGUGGUUAAUCGCAUGCAAUUUCCACGCCUCGUCCGGCUCAUCUUCAAUCCGAGCGUGGGUCCGGCCAUUGUGCGUCAGUUGGAUGGCAGCGAUCUGCCUGGCACCCACUAUGUGGGCAUCCGGAUGCGCGCCCAGCCGUUGCCCAUGCAGCAGCACAAGCAACAGCAGCAGCAGCAGGCUGUCAAGAAGGAUGCCAAACCCGAACCGGCAGCUGUAGUGGAAGCAGCUGAAGAAGUUACUCUGGCUGCUCCUAGCCAGCCCAGCUCGUCGCUAAUUAAAAGUCUACUGGCCAACAAAGUCAACGAACGUCAGCUGAAACAGAAGGCGCAAGCACAGCCACCUGCCCUGGUGCCCAGCACAUCUUCCGCAACUGGCUCCUCGGCUGGUCAGCCCAUUAAGGUGACCUCAACGGCAAUUAGCGCCUUUGUCAACAAUCCCCUCAUGCAGCACACACCUGUCAAGGUGGGUCAGACCACCAUAAAGCCACUGCAUCCACAAAUGGCGCUGGAGAAGAAACCGAUGACAGAUUCGGCGCCGCCACCACUAGCUCCCUUGAGCGGAUCAAAUGUGCUCACGAAGGAUGCACAAGGACGCACCGUUAUCAUACAAUCGAAACGGAAGCUGACCAUCGAUGAGGAGCAGAACAAACGACUGGCAUUGGAGAGUGGCAAUAACAGCAUUGCUGGUCCACCUGGCAAAGAAGAGCAUCAAGUGACGCCCUCGAAGAAUGCGGCCAAUCUCUAUGCGGAUCUCGCUGCGUCCAUACUCGAGGAUGAGGACAUGGAUGAUGUGCCGCCGCUCGCUGCGUCCAGUCAGGAACAGCAGCAACAGCAACCACAACAACAGUCCCAGCAACAACAGCAGCAGCAGCAGCAACAACAGCAGCAACAGCAGCAACAAUUGCAGUUGAUACCCGCCAAAGUGCAGCCUGCCCAGCGUCAGUUAAUCUUUCCGGCUGGUGGCUCGCCAGCAGCACCGCCUCAACUCAAGCUGGCGACGACGGCAACAAUUAAAACGGAUCAGGGACUGCAAACGGUGCCCGUCAUCUUGCAACAGAAGACGGAGCAACAGCAGCAGCAACAACAACAGCAACCACAACAGACACAAACACAAUAUGUGCUGGCCACCAAUAAUCAGGGCCAAACCUAUUUGGUGGCACAACAAACGGCUGCAGUGGCAGCGCCGCCCCAAGCCCCAAACACGCCCACAUUGUUGGUCACACAAUCGCCGCAACAGCAGACAAAGACCAUCAUCAUAUUGCAACAGCCGCCGGGUGUGAGCACAUCGAAUGUGCCCGGCACACAGAAGGUGAUCAUGACAACGUCGCAGGGACAACAGGUCCUGGUGACGACAACAACAGCGCCAGCCGCAGCACAGCAACGACCCGUGGCACCACAGCAACAUCUGCAGCAUCAGCAGCAGCAGCAGCAGUCACAACAAAUCUUUCUCAAUCCGCAGCGUACGGUGCCAGCUGCUUUGGGUGCGGGUCAAAUGUCGCCAUCGUUGCUCUCGCAACUAAACCAGAUACCGGCAACGAUUAAGCUGCAUCAGCCACAACCAGCACAGUCACCGCAGCAGCAACAAAUGCAUCGUGUGGCAAGUAAGACGGCGCCCAUACCACAACUGCAACAGCAUCAAUCCAUAAUACAGCAGCACAUCAUCUCUGGCCCAACGGCGACGCAGGACAAGCGACAAUUGCUGCUCGGCGGCAUUAAGGAGACAACGCUCAUCACUCAGACAUCAGCAACGGCGGCCCCCUUGCAACAGAGUCAACUCAAUUCGCAGACAAUCAUUACCACACAGCCACCACAAGCACAACAGCAACAGCAACAGCAGACAGCUGCAACCACAGCAGUUGUUGGCGCUACGUUGCAGCAACAGCAGCAGCAGCAACAUAUACGCAACGUGCUCGAACAGCAGCAGCAACAUCAUCCAUCCAUAAUACAGCAAAAGAUCACAAUGCCAACGGUGCUAACAGAGGCUGGCAAAAGCAAAGUGGUUGCCGCAGUGCCCAUAGCCAAGAAGCCAAUGCCGCCGCCUUCGUCCGUUGUGCAGCAGUUGCAACAGCAGUCGGUGCAAAUUCCAGCACUGAAACCCAAUCAGCAACAAACCGUUCAGCAGACAACCACAGCAGCUGAGACAAAGCCGACGACAGAGCAAAGCAUAACAGCAGCCGUUGCGACAAUUCCGGCUGCCACAGUCAUCUCAACAACGGCGACAACAACAAGCAGCAGCAUUAUAAGCAAUGUGAAUGCUGGUACACCUGUUGCUGCCACACCUGUUGUCGCAGUGCCGCCGGUGCCUGUGGAUGUCAAUUGGUUGUUCAUAUGCGAUUGGCGCAAUUGUCCGCGUCGCAAAUUCAAAUCGCUCAACGAAUUGCAACAUCACGUGUGCAACGUCCACUGUCCGGAUCAUUUGGAUCCGGGUGCCGAGAUCUAUUGUCAGUGGGGCAGCGGACCCAGUUUGUGUGAUAAUAUUGCACGUAAACGUUACUCGCUGAUGACACAUCUGGUGGAUCGUCAUCUGGCGCUGGAUGAUUUGCGAGCUAGUGUGCAACGUCGCCUUGCCACCGGCAUACACAAUGUGGCACCAACACAGCCAACUGUGACAAUUGUGCGCAAUGCUGCGAAUGCCACAUCAACAUCAGCAGCUGCCGCUGCAGCGGCAGCAACAAGCGCAACAACAUCCACUGCGGUGGGCACUUCGGCACUGCAGGCGAUCAAGCGUCAUUCAGCCGACUUUCUCAACUCUAAGGAGCUGAUGGAUGAGAAUGAGGGGCCGGUGACGAAAAGCAUCCGCUUAACGGCUGCGCUCAUUUUACGCAAUCUGGUCAACAACACAUCGACUGCGAAACGUGGCCUAAAACGCUAUGAGCCGCAUUUGGCCAAUGUGGCAUUUAGCAAUGUCGAGGCCAGUGGCGUCCUAUCACACAUACUACACGAGUUGAGUCAGUAGCUCCCCCAAUAUAGUAUAUAGUAUAUGCCUACACACACAUCUAUUUUUGUACACCUCUCGCUGCGCUGCUAUAAACAACAAAUUCAAUAAUUAAUUCUACUAACGACACUAUUAAAAUGUGAACACAACUGAAUGAA